CGGCAGCGGGGCCGGCGGCGUGGGGCGCCCGCACAGGCGGGCCGGGAGAGGGCGGAGCGGGGGUCCUUGUCGGGCCCGGGUGAGGUCACUCUUUGUGGCUGCAGUUGGCAAGAUGGCGCCGGUGCUGGUGGAGAAGAAGCUGCUGGGGCCGGACGGGCCCGGCGGCGCCGAGCUCCCCAGCGAGGAGGAGGAGGGGCAGAACCUCUGGUCUUCCAUACUGAGCGAAGUGUCCACUCGAUCGAGGUCUAAAUUGCCUUCAGGCAAGAAUAUUCUGGUUUUUGGUGAUGACGGUUCAGGUAAAACCACACUCAUGGCCAAAAUACAGGGAGCAGAGCACGGCAAGAAAGGAAGAGGGCUGGAAUACUUGUACCUAAAUAUCCACGAUGAGGACAGAGAUGAUCACACUCGCUGUAACGUUUGGAUCCUGGAUGGAGACUUGUACCAUAAAGGGCUGUUGAAGUUUGCAGUCUCUGCAGAGUCCCUGCAAGACACCAUUGUAGUCUUCGUUGCAGAUAUGUCUAGACCUUGGACUGUUAUGGAGUCUUUACAGAAAUGGGCCAGUGUCUUGCAAGAACAUAUUGACAAGAUGAAAAUUCCUCCAGAAGAGAUGAGAGAGAUGGAGCAGAAGUUUAUAAAGGAGUUUCAAGAGUAUGUAGAACCUGAAGAAGGCUACCAAGGCUCACCCCAGAGGAGAGGCCCCUCCUCUGGCCAAGAAGAUGAACAUGUGUCCUUGCCUCUUGGAGAAAACGUGCUGACCCACAACCUUGGUAUUCCUGUGCUGGUAGUUUGUACAAAGUGUGAUGCAGUGAGUGUGCUAGAGAAGGAGCACGAUUACAGAGAAGAGCACUUUGACUUCAUCCAGUCACACAUCCGCAGGUUCUGCUUACAGUAUGGGGCUGCCUUGAUUUAUACAUCAGUUAAGGAGGAGAAGAACCUUGACCUGCUGUAUAAGUACAUCGUACAUAAAACCUACGGUUUUCAGUUUACCAGCCCUGCCUUAGUGGUAGAGAAGGAUGCAGUUUUUAUACCUGCUGGUUGGGACAAUGAGAAGAAAAUUGCCAUUUUACACGAAAACUUCACAACAGUGAAGCCAGAGGAUCCCUAUGAAGAUUUCAUUGUAAAGCCUCCUGUAAGAAAGUUAGUCCAUGAUAAAGAGCUGGCAGCAGAAGAUGAACAAGUGUUUCUUAUGAAGCAGCAGUCAUUCCUUGCCAAACAGCCAGCAACGCCUACAAGAGCAUCAGAGUCUCCUGCGAGAGGCCCUGCAGGAUCCCCAAGGACCCAAGGCAGAGCUGGUUCCGCCAACGUCCCCAGUGCCUCGCCAAUAACAUCAGUCAAGAAACCAGAUCCAAAUAUUAAAAAUAAUGCUGCAAGUGAAGGUGUCUUGGCUACUUUCUUUAACAGUCUCCUGAGCAAAAAGACUGGCUCUCCUGGGAGUCCUGGUGCUGGAGGAGUGCAAAGUACAGCCAAGAAAUCAGGACAAAAGACAGUUCUGACAAACGUGCAGGAGGAGCUGGACAGGAUGACCCGCAAGCCAGACUCGCUGGUGACAGCAAACUCCCCAACAGAGAACGAAGCCUGACAGCGCGCAGCGGCCGCAGGUGUCAGUGACCAAAUAACUCUGUACAUUGAUCCGAUCAGACCAGGAACCUUCUGCCAUGGCAGAUGCUACCCGUUUUUCUUGGGGCAGGGGAAAUGAGCUUACUACAUCAUUGCCUUGUCCCAGUCCAAAAGUGCACAUUCAGGAAGUUUGCAUUUAAAAUCCCUCUGUAUAAGAUAACCAUUUAGAGUUUCUAUAGGGCAGUUCUUUGGGUUGGGAAGUGAGCAGGUGCAGCUGCGUUUCCUGUUGUGGAGAGCACAGAGAAGCCAAAUGGAGAAUCCUUAUUAACUGCUACUGAUGCACACGAGGCAAGAAAGAGGAAGGAAAUCCUCUUUUGAGUUACUGGAAUCGGCUACUUGUAUGUUUGCAAAAGUAUUAUGUUCUUGGAAGGGGGGUGGGUGGCGGAACUGAGCGUGAGUUAGGUGCAAGGAGCCCAGGUAGGGAGUGGAGCCCUAAAAAGGGAAACAGGUUUGGGACAGGGAGAAACUAGAACGUUGAAGGGAGUGGAGAGGAGCGAUGCUGUUCGAUCCUGUGGGUAAAUAAUCACUGUUUUUAAGAAGACUACUUCCCGUUGGAGAAUUCCAGGCCAAACACUAAGCAUCAUGGGCAAUUCAUUCUUCUUAGAAAUCUCGGCUUAGCUUGUCAAGAAGUCUCAGAGUGUGGGAUGCCCUUUCUGGUGUAGCUUGCAAAGGGAGAGACUGUAACUUGUUUAGAUCCAAGUGCCUGGCACAGCGUGUGAUGUGUCUUUAGAAGGUGCUUGAACUUCUUGUGCACUGUAGUACAAACGGUCACUGUUUGGUUUGAUUUUAAACUCAGUAGCUUGGCGACUUGUAUUUAAUUUUAACUCCUGUGUUCUGAGAGCUUCUGCCUUUGUUUUUGUAUGCCAAGAGGCUGGCCUAUGAAGAACGGUGGGUGGGAGGUGUCCUUCUCCCCUAACGACUCGUGCUGCAGAGCACCCGCAGUGCUUUUGUUCUGACUGUAACUAAACACUAGCUCCCGAGCCGCGAUGGAUUCCUGCCUUACACCUGGGGAGGUUUUGCCCAAAGCCUUCCGAGGGCCCAGUCCCAACCGCGCCUGCUGCGGGCACAGCCAACUCCAGUCAGAAGGGAACCCAGCAAGUCUGAAUGUCUACAGCAUGAGCACGACUCCAUCUCUUGGUUUGCGUUUCCUUUCAGUGCAGCGCUUCCUUGGGCAGGGUUGGUUGUGGCUGUCCUCACUGCUCUGUCCGCAGUCGCACCCAACCGCGGCCGCGCAGGGGCGAAGCUCUGCUAACACGGAUGGCACUUUGGUUCUCUAGACUGUAUCCUUGUCUUACAUGGCCACACUACCAGAAGUGAAAAAUACCCAAGCAUAUUCUGUGCUCUUAAUGCUGAAGGGAAAAAACCACAAGGUGAAUUACGCAGAGUUUACUUUUUGUUGCUAUGAACUCGUCGUACUAAACCUGAUGUCUGGACAUAACCUCCCUAAUCUGCGUUGUUACUGAAAUACACAGAACUAGGCUGACCACUAACACACUACUGGGUGUUAACUUCAGAUCCUGUGUCGCACCAGGAGGCUGUUCUUGUCUGUCUAAUGUUCUCUAGAAAGCUAAGAGUAUUUCCUUGCCUCUCUGACAAACAUUAACACGACUCUGUUGUUUGUGCCAGGGUUUUUUUUAAUGCUCUUUGGUUUGUUUUUUACUUUCUGUUUGAUAAAUAAACAGUAUGCUCUGAAGUUCUCUAGAUAGCAGGUAGGCUGAGGCUGUGGCUGGCUGAUGGGCAAUGUGGAUCUGCUUCCUGCUGUGAGGAAGUAAUUACACACUGAGAAUUGAGAUUGGAGCCUAAACCAUCCAAAACCCAACAGGAAAACUGAAAAAGUGUGUGAUUGUGAUGGGAUGGAGCUCAAAAACCUCAGUCUGAAACUGCAUUUUUCGGUCAUCUGAUAAGCACUUUCUUUAGCAGUAUAGCUAAACCUUACCCUUUAAGUACUUUCCAGUUGUAUAACGAUGUUACAUAGACUAAAACUGAUCCAAACUGGUGAUGUAUGAUAACUUCCCAGCUUUGCAGGAAGAUGCUUCUGACAAAACAGAAACAGCUUUCCAGUUUCUAACUGCAAGUGAAUGCUCCUAGUUCCUCGGAAGGAAGCUGUAAGUAAUGUAGCAUCCUGUGGUUGCCAAAGUCUGUCAACUUUGGUGAGCUGCACAGUUGUUAUUCUGGUGUCUUCAAGCAUUGGAACCAAAGGCCAAAUUGCAAACAGCCUUUUACAUUUUCAAGUGAAACUUCAUUUUUCUUUGCAGAUACACUUGUAUGGUAGACUGUUGAAACUAUUAUAAGACUAUAUUUAUAUGCAUUAUAGCGACUGCAUCUACUGUUCAUGUUUAAACUAGGAACACAAAGAGAUGAAAGCAUUCAUUCAACUUGAAGCAAAUAGAGAAAGUGUCAAAGAUUGGCCCUCCAUAAAAAUGCUGUGGUUAUGCUGCUUGAUUUUAUUUUUUAAGUUUUGUUUUUUAGGUUUGCACUUUUUGGGUUUGGGAUUUUUUUUAUUAUUAUUAUUAUUAUUGGCAUUUUAAAAUACUGUUUAAACUGAACAGAAUUUCCUAUCUUAUUUAAUUUAACUCUGUGGAAAGUGACUGCUCUGUACAUCCUGAACUUAACCAACAUCCCUGCUGUAAGUGAGAAGUUCACUGUCCUGUAUACUAAGCAGAUUGGGUCUUUAUUUUUUAUAUGUUUUUGUUUAAUUUUUGUUUUAUUUUUGUUUGGGUUUUUUUUAUUUUUUUUCCCAACUUAACAAUUAGAACUGCAAAUGUAUGACCCAACCCUUAGACCACUUGUAUGGCUUUAACCAGGUGCAGUAUGCAGUCAUGUGGAAUCUUGCUUUUUAGUGCUGGCAAAAUGAGGACGUCUUUAAUUACUGGCUUCAAUAAACACGAAUCCAGACUGCUU